CAAUCAAGAGGCACAAAAAGCCAAAGACAGUCAUGUUCGAGCCACCACAACCUUCUACCACCAGACAACUGGAAGCAGUCGCAGUUGGAAGUAUUGAAAUCAACGUCUACCUCAAGUAUUUGAAAGCGUUUUCUUAUAAAUGGGCACUUAUCUUCCUCAACUUAUUGUUUUGCCGAUAUGUCAUGCAGGCUCUGAGCAGCAUUUGGUUAUCUCACUGGGCAGACGCUAACGUUAAGGAAACCAAUAGCAGAAGUACACUACGAGGUCUUGUUAUAUUCAUCGCCUUGGGAUUCGGCACCGUGCUCUUCAAUAUCAUCGCAACUGUGUCAUCAACGUUUGGAGGAGUGCGCGCUUCCUUAGCUCUUCACCACCCGCUUGUCGCUGCUCUUAUGCGAGCUCCAUUAUCGUUUUUUGAAGAGACUCCAUUGGGUAGAAUUCUCAGUCGUCUCGUAGGGGACGAGAAGAAGAAGCGUCAAAAAACCAGGAAUAGUAGAAUAUGCCUUGGAACAGCUGAUAAAUCCUUUUCAGUGCUCUUCAAUAUCAUCGCAACUGUGUCAUCAACGUUUGGAGGAGUGCGCGCUUCCUUAGCUCUUCACCACCCGCUUGUCGCUGCUCUUAUGCGAGCUCCAUUAUCGUUUUUUGAAGAGACUCCAUUGGGUAGAAUUCUCAGUCGUCUCGUAG